GCGAGCCGGGCUGGGAGCUUUCUUUCCCUGUUGUCUAUCUUUUUUCUUUUUCAGUUCGAAGCUCAGACUUUUCUGAGACAUGUUGUGGACAAGGUGGCUCGUCCUGCUGCUCUGCUGGGGGGCCACAAGCACCGAGCAGCGGGCGGAAAGGGACGGGGCCCCUGCUGUGGUCCGGCAAGACUCUCGCAGGCAGCGGUCGCCUCCACCUGUGGAACCGUUGGAUUUUGGGUUUGUACCUGCUGCGGUGUAUGAUACCCACGCAUACCACGAGCAAGGACCUGUGGGUAUCCUCUUCAACAUCGUCCAUGCGUUUCUCUACGUCGUUCAACCCAACUCCUUUCCUAAAGAUCUGAUUGUGAAAGUUAUACAACAAAACAUGGGGGGAAUCAAAAUAGAAGAAUGGAGAAAGCCCGACAAUGUGGUCCUGUUACUGCAGUGGAUCUACUAUGAGUCUGGGUUCCUCAUAUGUGGCACCAUAGGUAUCCUAUUCGUGGUCCUCAUGCCCAUCAUAGGCAUGUGGUUCUGUGUGUGUCGCUGCUGUGAGAACUGCGGAGGGGAAAUGCACCAAAGACAGAGAAAGAAUGCUGACUGUCAGAGAGGUUUCUACACCGCAUCGCUCGUCUGCACCUCUAUCUUCAUAAUUGUGGGAGUACUUAUUGCCUAUGCUGCAAACCAUAAUAUCAGCAUCAAGAUAAAGAACACACGGCGGUUCAUCAACACCAAUAUGAGAGACCUGAAGACGUUUGCUAACAACACACCUGCUCAAAUUGAAUAUCUGACAGGCCAGUACACCACGGCAAAACACAAAGUCCUGUCAGACCUUGACAACAUUGGGCCUUUGCUGGGCGGUAGGAUCCAAAGUCAGCUGGAGAAAGAGGUGGUUCCCUCUCUGGACACUGCGCUGCGUAUGGCAGGAGCCAUGCGGGAGACCAAGGAAGCCCUAGAGAACGUCAGCUCCUCCUUGGAGGUCCUUCAGGAGGGUACAGGGAAACUUCAAGCCAGUCUUUCAGGCGAGCGGGCCUCUCUCUCGAACACCCUGUCAGAUCCUGCCUGCACUAAUGGAGCUGUGUCUCACACCUGUAACACCAUCCGUUCCACACUGUCCCAACUGGGUGUCAAUGCUGAUUACUCCAAGCUUGCAGAUGUCAGUCAUGCCUUGACUAACAUCAAUGUAAUCCUGAAAACAGACCUCAGCAAUAUAGUACAAAAGGGUUACUCGUCCUUCAAUGAUACACCAAAACUGGUUAAAGAGCAAACCAAAAACAUUGUCUCAGCUCUACCUCGAGUUAAAAACAUGUUGGAUAAGAUAGGAGCAGAGAUUAUCGGCUUCGCCAAGAUGUUUCCAGUGGAAGCCUCUCUGGUCAAUUUCACCAUUUUCCUCACCCAAGGACAGAAAGACAUUGAGUCCUAUUACCCACAGAUUGACCAAAUGGAUUUCUACAGGUGGAUUGGCUGUGUGGCGGUACUCUGUACGGUAGUCCUGGUUGUGGCCUUCAACAUCCUCGGGCUGCUGUGUGGCACCUGUGGCUACGACAAGCAAGCUACACCAACAACCCGGGGCUGCUUAUCAAACACUGGCGGCAACCUGCUGAUGGCCGGGGUUGGUUUCUCCUUUAUCUUUGCCUGGGCGCUGAUGGGCAUCGUGACCACCUUGUUUGUAGUCAGUGGCAACGUGGAGAAGCUGAUUUGUGAACCUCUAGCUAACCGACAGCUAUUCCAGAUCAUAGACACACCAUACCUGGUUCAUCCUGCCAAGAAGAACUUCCUCCCCGGGAUGCUGUUCCAGAAUGAGAACAUUGACUUGACGUUGGGGAGCAUGUACAGGGACUGCUUCGAGAACAAUGGUCUGUACCACGCUCUGCAGCUGGAGACGAUGUUCAACAUCAACUCCUUCCUCAACAGAUCGGUGUACAACAAGGAUCUGGCCAAUGUGUUUGAAAGCGUUAAAAUCGACCUGCGGGACAUCACAUUGCUGGAGCAGGCUGGCAGAGACAACCUCCUCAACUUCGCCAACUCUGGGAUCGGACAGAUUGACUAUGAUGCUUACCUGGCAGAG